AUGGCUCUGCCGCAGUACAACCCUGACCAUCUGAGGGCACUAUACCAAAGCGCAAACCAGGACUUUGAAAACAUUCUGAAGCUUCUGUGGCGGGUCAAUGAACGUGAUUUUGGCACCGAUGUAGCACGAUCUAUCGACAGAAUUGAAUCCCAAAAAGCCAGAUUCCAGCGUUCUAUAGAAGGUCCUCUGACCCUGAGAUCACUGGAAAAGAUUACGCACUUCGAAAUACUUCGGAAGGCCUUAGUACCGACUAUCAUCGAUCGGUGCAAAAUACAGAACUCCUCCAUGUUUGAUGAUCACAGACGUGGCAAGAGAUAACUUGGGCUUGAUGACAAGUUUAGAGCUGAUAUAGAGAAGAACUUCGAGAAUAUUAAGGCUAGCAGAAGUUCAAUUGGCACAUUCUUCCCUUGGAUCGAAUAUGUGUAUUUGGGGGAUAUCAUUUCCAAACUUGAUGCUAUCCGCUUCGAAAUCAAAGGACCGGAAGUUAUGGAUGCUGUGAAGGCUAUUCAAAGCCUCAUUGAAAUAUUCAAAAAGGGGAGAAAAGUUCUUGAAAGUCUAGAUCAAAGACUAGAAGAUAGUAUGAGGGGGGUUAAUUCUUUUCGGAAGAAACUUUGGGCGAAAUUGGAGAGCGAGGUUCAAGAAAAUACGGUGGUAAGAAGAAUGCAAGAGGAUCGAGGGAGUGCAGAACGUAGUAGACUGGGUCUAGGGGACACUUUGAAGUGGCUGCAAGAACUUCGUUGA